GCGGCCGUGACGCCACUCUCGCGAGAUGAGACUUGGGCUGUGGGGAGAGAAGUUGGAGCCUGUGUAGCGGCCGCUCUGCCUCCCUCCCUCCCGUAUCGGCCUCUCUCCCAGGAGAAGGAUCUCCCCCUGAGCGUCGCCAUAGGCCGAGGGCCUGAGGAGAGAGGGUGCCAAUGAAGCGCUCUCACACCCCGCCGGGGGCCCUCGCCAACGGGGCCCUGCACUCCCUCUCCCGCGAGCUGGGCAAGGGGAGCGCCGUGAUGCUGUCGGCCGCCGUCCUGGAGCUGCCCAACCCCGGCACUCGGGUGCCCGCCCAGCAGGAAAGCCCCAGCCGGGGAGCCUCAGUCAGCGAGUACCCCCACGCGGAGGGCAAGUCCGGGGGAACCGUCAAAGUGUAUCUUCCCAACCAGCAGAGGACAGUGGUAAACGUGCGCCCUGGCAUGACGGUGUACGACUCUCUGGAUAAGGCACUGAAAGUGCGCGGUCUGAGCCAGGAAUGCUGCGCGGUGUAUCGGCUCAUACAGGGCCGCAAAGCCCUGACCGACUGGGAGACGGACAUCACCCCCCUAGUGGGCGAGGAGCUGAUGGUGGAGGUCCUGGCCGACGUCCCCCUGUCCAUGCACAAUUUCGUGAGAAAAACCCAUUUCACCCUGGCGUUCUGCGACUUCUGCCUGAAGUUCCUGUUCCACGGCUUCCGCUGCCAGACCUGCGGCUACAAGUUCCACCAGCACUGCAGCAGUAAGGUGCCCACGGCCUGCGUGGAUAUGGCCAAGCUGCCCAAGCCCCUGACGCCUCUCAGUUAUCAAGAUUUCCAGUCCUACUAUGAACAUCCCACUGUCCACUUACCCCUCAGCCCCCAGCCCCCCAGCCCCCGGACUCAGCACCCAGGAAGCGCUUCCUUUUCAUUUCCUGGUGAGGGACAGCCACUGCAGCGGCACCGCUCCACCUCCACCCCCAACGUUCAUAUUGACAGCACCACGGGCCCCGUGGAUAACUCCAUCAUUGAGGAGGCGCUGAGGAGUGCUGCAGUUACACCGGUCGACGGCCCCCCCAAAAGUGCCCAGCCCCUUGGGAGUAAAUCUCCUCAAACCAAGUCUCCGUCGGAGACGACACGAGAGAGAAAGACGUCUGCGUCUGACGAGAAGAAGAAAGUGAAACAGCUGGGAUACCGGGACUCCAGUUAUUACUGGGAGGUGAAUUCCAGCGAGGUGAUUAUCCUGAAGCGCAUCGGCACGGGCUCCUUCGGCACCGUGUAUCGGGGCAAAUGGCACGGGGACGUGGCCGUGAAGAUCCUGAAGGUGACCAACCCCACCUCCGAGCAGAUCCAGGCCUUUAAGAACGAGAUGCAGGUUCUCAGGAAGACCCGGCACGUCAACAUCCUCCUCUUCAUGGGCUUCAUGACUCGCCCGCAGUUUGCCAUCAUCACCCAGUGGUGCGAGGGGAGCAGCCUGUACCGACACCUGCACGUCAUCGAGACGCGAUUCGAUAUCUUCCAGCUCAUUGACAUCGCCCGGCAAACUGCGCAGGGAAUGGACUAUCUCCAUGCCAAGAACAUUAUCCACCGGGACCUGAAGUCCAACAACAUCUUCCUGCACGAGGGCCUCACGGUGAAGAUCGGGGACUUCGGUUUGGCCACGGUGAAGACUCGGUGGAGCGGAUCCCAACAGGUGGAGCAGCCGAGCGGCUCUAUUCUCUGGAUGGCCCCGGAGGUGAUCCGGAUGCAGGAGAGCAGCCCCUACAGCUCCCAGUCGGACGUGUAUGCGUAUGGGGUGGUCCUGUAUGAACUCAUGGCGGGGUUACUGCCCUAUGCCAAUAUCAACAACAGAGACCAGAUCAUUUUCAUGGUGGGACGCGGUUACCUCACUCCGGACCUCAGCAAGGUGUCCAACAACUGCCCCAAGGCCAUGAAGAGGCUCCUCGUCAACUGCCUGAAAUUCAAGAGGGAAGAGAGACCCCUUUUCCCACAGAUCCUGUCGUCCAUCGAGCUGCUGCAGCGAGCCCUGCCCAAGAUUGAGCGCAGCGCGUCCGAACCCUCCCUGCACCGCGCCGUCAACUCCGAGGACCUGAACCCCUUCCUCAUCAACACCCUGCGACUGGUGCCCCAGUGAUGGCCGACACUAGGGGGAGGGGCCUGUGCCGCCCCAAUACCUGCGCACCACCCGGGGGGGGGGGGGGGAUAGAGAUUUCCGGGGACAUUUCACAUAGGAAAGAGGGAAUUGUAAAUCUGUCUGUGGGUGUCACGAUUGUCUGUCUCUUCUGCUUUAUACUGGGUCCCCGUGGCCCCCGGCCGCUACCGUCACUUUGUGCGAGUAUUCCUCCGUUGGAUGGGGGGCGGGGCCUGAUCCUUGCCAGUCUAGAACAGAGCUAGAACUGUUCUCCCCAGAUUAAAGGUGAACCUCCCCAUUAAGAUCACUUUUAGUAUGUUAUAGAAUGCUCCUAGCAACUUUGCAAUUGGUCUUUAGUAUUUUUUAGUGUUACUGAAUUAUUUGCCUACAUCUUUGCAGCUUUCAAAUGGGGGGUCACUGACCCCGGCAGCCAAAAAAAACUUCAUUUUUAUUCCUUAUCUUUCUCUCUAGUCCCUCUUCUCCAGUUUGGAAUUUCAGCAGCUAUCUGGUUGCUAAGGUAAACAAGACCCUAGCAACCUGAAAUUCCAAACUGCAGAGCUGCUCAAUAGCUACAAAAUAUAAAAAAAUGAAGACCAAUUGCAAACGGGCUCACAAUAGCAAUGUCUACAUCCUAUUAACAGUUUCAAGGUGAAACUGUCCCUUUAGGGGAACCUGUCCCUUGUUUAGUGGGCGUGGCUAGAAGGCUUCAGCGCACCUUGAUCAUGUGACCCGGAACCCCCUCCACUUUGAGUGGGUAUGGGAGGUGAAUAUGCAAUUAAUAUUGCCCCAAGUGCAAUACUGUAGGUCAGGGCUGCCCCCCCCCCCCCCAGACUACUUUUAUCAGACCCCUGAUGCCAGACGUGGGGGUAUGUAGGGUAAUAAGCCCCCUCUUGGAGGGGUUGGACCCAAUGAUGUGAGCCUUUGGGACUUUUUUCCACGUUGCUCUAGGCCAUGGACGGUAGAAGCUGAUUGGCUCCUGGCUAAGGAAGGCGCAGUCUUAGUCCCGCCCCCCCCCCCCCCCCCAUGAAAUAACAGGAGGGUCCCGGGAAGCCUUAAUUCUCCGUAUGACGUGCCUUGUAGAACAAAUAAGCGUUUGGCUGCUCAGAACCCCGGCGGCCCAAUAGAUUCGACCAAUCAAAUCCCUUGUUGUCGUGGCCCUAUUUGCUUGCGAGUGGUCUCCGCCUACCGCCCUUGCCCCGCCCCCUUUGCUUCUAACGAUUCUAACCCCGCAGGAACGCAGCGCACUUUGACCGAUAAGAAUUUUCUACGUUUAUUUGCGAAAGAGACGUUUACCCUCGAGGGGGAGAAAACGAGAUUCUAUUCGAAGCCGUCGAUCCCCCGCUGUUGGGCGGAGCUAUUUAUUGCCUGGAAUUGAGCAACGUGCCCGAACAGGACUCGCCGAGGGGCCCAGAACCCCCCCACAUUCUUUCUAACGGCUUCCUUCUCAGUGAGCGAGGGCGGCGGCCAAUCGGGAGGCCGAACCAGGAAUUUUUGUACUCGACAAAACCUCAUGAAAUCGUUGCGACUUGUACGGUGAAGGAAAUGGGAAUUUCAAUUGCAUUGGAACAUAAGGAAGUGUAAUAUAUAUAUAGUUUUAAAUAAAAAUAUGUUUGGUGUAA